CGUUGAUGCUCGCAUCGUGAUAGUCUCCUACCUUGUAUGUUUACAUAUAAUUCACGUUAAUAAUAAAUUUUUGGACUAAAAGUUACCAUUUUCAAGUAAUCACCCAAAAACACUUACCAUGAAGUCAUUUGUGUUCGCUGCGGUGUUGUGUUCAGCCUUAGUAUUUGUGGUAGGUCAGCUAGAAUCAGAACAGGAAGAAAUUCAUAAAAAGGUACAACAGAGAGAAGAAGAUGUUGCCAAAUACUGCAAUACUCUUUUUCCGGUCACUGAAGAUACGCGAUUUAGAGUAGCAAGAAUGAUCGUUAGAGGAGAACCCGUUCCAGAAGAUAUCCAUGCAAAAGAAUGGUGUAAUCUGAACUGCAAUCUGGAGAAACUUGGAUUCUUUGGUGCUGACGGUACAAUGCAAGUUCGCAAAAUUUACGAAUUCCUGAUUGAAAAACUUCCUGAAUUUAAACCUAACAGGCAAUUUCUUUUAAUUCACCUAUUCCAAGCUUACCGAAUGACCAAAGGUAUGGAUGAAAAAUGUGAGAGGUCUUUAGCAGCAUAUGUUCGAUUUGCUGAUGCUAUAAUGAUGUCUACUUUGGAUGCUGAUUUUCACGCAGAUCCCGUCGCUAUAGAAACGGUUCUGAACGAAGUUUCGGAUGGCAAAGGCGAACCGGAAGAAUUACAGAAGUCCCUUGAAAGAGCAUUAAAAAAUACCGAGUUAUUCUUCGAUCUUACAAUUUUAAAAUAAGAAAUUUCAAAACUAUGCUCAUCGAAGAUAUUCUUUAUAUUAUCUAAUCGUGAUCGAAUCAUAUUAUGUACUCAAGUAGGUACUUAUCUAGUGUUUU